UAAUGGCAGCAAAAGAGGAGAAAUUAAAGAAGUGCAUUUGGUACGCAAUCUUCAUAGCAUUAGUUGUAGUCACCGCAACUCAGCUGAUGCUCCUGUGUGAUGGGUGGGAAGAGAGACCAUUUGAAACUGUAAUUGAAAAUGUUCCGAAACAGAGAAUCCCAUAUCCAAGUGUUACUGUUUGCCCAGCAGGUUCAACUAUUUGGUCUGGGGUGCAACAAUUUCUGAAUGAAAUGGAAUUUAAAGAUGAAUAUAGAGACAUGUUGAAACAAUCUUAUAACAUGCUUCUAAGGUUGAAAUUGGUUUUCCUAAGAGUAAUGCCUGAAAGAGAAAAUCCAUAUUUUCAAACCUAUCAAGACUGUGAAAAUUUGAAUAAUUACCUCAUGAAUAGUGAGGCCUGCAAUUUUGCAAUGUAUGUCAUAGAAAUGACCAGUAGAAUGAUUAGUGAGGAUGUACUCAUCAACCGAACCCUGUCUAAAUAUCAGAAGAAUAGACUGAAUGUUCGAUAUGAAGAAAUUGAAGAUGUAGGUUGCGCUGGAGAAGGGUUUGCUUGUAAACUAAGUUUUAAUCUCCAGUAUCCAGAAUCUAUGCCUGAUUAUAGCUGGCUAUCUAGUUACCUAGAUCUACUAACAGUGGAAAUAGUUGAAAGUGGAGUAUCUGAAAACCCAUUUGAUAAAGUUUUCAAGGAAAUAUAUCUGCCUUCUUCUGUUACUUCUCCAGAUUCAUCUGAGUGUACAUGGUGUAAAUAUGAACAAGAGAUCCCAACCACUUCAGAUAAUCUAGUCUGGGAAAUUAUUAGAAAUCAAAACUUUACCUUUAGCUUACCCCCACCUAAUAACAUUGAGUCUUAUGUAUUAUCACCUAAUGACAGCCUAUGGCCUUUACUAUCAGAAAAGUUUAAAGAAUUAUUGAUGCUUUCCAAGUUGCAGUUUCAGAACUUCAACAAUCUUGGAGAUUUUCUUGUUCCCUUAGCAAAACAAUAUUUAUACAAUGAUAACAAUCUGGGUUAUCUUACUCACCAGUUGAUUGAAAACACAGAAAAAGAAUUACAAGAUUUCUUCAGAUUAAUUCUUCAAGAAAUAACUGGAGAAUAUGAGUUGUCCUGGAGUUUAAUAGAUGCUGUUGAUAUUCUGGUAAUUCUAGGUGGAUAUCAAGUUAUUAGAAACAGAGUUUUUGAACAUCAAAAUAUUUUUGCUGGACAAAACAGUUGGCUAAGUCUGACCAAAACUGAGAAACAAUGUGUAUCUGUUGAAUAUGAGAAGCUUUUUAACAAUCUACCUGAGUUUGAGGACCCAUGCAUUGACCCAUCCAGCAUGUGCAAGCAAUUCUGUAAGAAUAUGGGACUAAUGCAAAAACAUGCAAAAGAUGAGAAAAUACAAAAGUUGUUGCGCUAUGUCUCCCAUCCAGCUAAAUAUUCUAAGAACAGCACCUGGACUGUGCCAUUUUGUUUCACAGGAAAUGAACAAGAGAAGUUUACACAAUUGAUAAAGAAACCAAAUGUAAAUACUGGAUCUAAUGAAACCAACUAUGGAUACAAAUUCUGUGAAUCUGUUGAACAAAGUUUCACAGAUGUAGGUUUAUGCACAACUUUCCAUGAUGUCCAUGCAAUCUAUCCUCCAAAUGGAAUGACUAAACUUUUUGACAAUGGGAUAGCCUUGAUUUUGGAUUCUUUUGCAGAUUUUAGUGUUACAGAAGAACUAAGAACCUUCAGAGAUAAUUCUAUUAUAGUUGAUCGAAUGACCCUUAACUUCCCUGAAACUUUAACGGAUGACAACUUUAAUAAUUUUCAUAUCGUUCUUCAUUCCAGUAAUGAUGUUCCUCUUUUUCAAGGACCUGUAGACAACAAAAUUUCUUUGAUAAAUGGUGAAGAUUUUAAUACUAAUUAUUUGAGAGAAUAUAGGGUUCCUUUUACUGUAAAAAUAACAGAGACUGAGCAGUUCUUAGAAAAAUACAGUAUUACAAAGCGCAAGUGUAGGUUUAAGCAUGAACUUGGAGAAAUGAAAUUAUUCCAAAAAUAUACCAAACAAAAUUGCAUCUUUGAAUGUAAACUAGAGAUGGUAAGGAAGAAGUGUAACUGUUUACCCUGGUAUCUGGACCUCAAGAAACAAACUGAACCUGUGUGUAACCUAUUUGGGAAUAAAUGCUAUGAACAGAGCACCAUACAGGCAAACCGAUUUCUUGACUUCAGUAAUCCAUACAGUCCAUCCUGUGAUUGCUUUCCAGAUUGUGAGGGUGUGAGCUAUAUUCCGAUUUCUGCGACAAAAACACUAACAGCGUUGGAGAAUAGAAACAUUUUAGAUCUUGAACCUAAAAACAGGUUCAAUUCAUGGGAAGAUGAAGCAAUGGUUAUCCAGCAAAACCAGAAGAAAUUUCUAUUUGAAUAUGUUGUAGACGCACCGAAAGGAGAUAGAAGCCAGAUAUUUUACAGAUCCAACAUGACAGCAGAUAUAGACAACCUGGAUUCUAAAAGAGUCUGUAGAGAAAGUCUUAUAAACUGUUUAAUUAGGGAUAGGGCCCUCAAUCUUGCAUCAGUUUGGUUGGAUUUUCAGGACAACUUUUUUAUCAAGGAGAAACUGAUUGACAGAGUUCCACUUGGAGAUAGGAUUUCAGCCAUUGGAGGAACUCUUGGUUUGUUUCUCGGUUUUUCAUUCCUUGGACUUGUUGAUGUAAUUUACUGGAUGGUUAAACCACUUGGAUACUGGGUCAUCAGAAAGAGAAACUAAUUGAAAAAGUGUGGAAAAUCAGGUCUAUAUUUAUUCAUAACAUUGUCUCCUUAUCAUGGCACUCAAAGAAACUUGGUUAUGAUUACUUUAAAGUGUUAACAGUGAAGAAUGUUUCACAGCAGUUUCACUAUUAAAAAUAGAUUAACUUAAGCCUGUUAAUUUUGACUCUGAUUCAAUCUUAAGCGUAAUUUACUUAAGUUUAAUGUGAAAAAGCUUGAAUCUUGAAUUCUAAAGAUCCUUUUAAUGAUUCGAAAUUGGGAAAAUACAGAGUGUCCCAUAUUAUAUUGGAUUAUCUCCAAGCUUUUGACGCC